AUGAGUAAAACCUACGAUAAGGAAAAGAGAAAAAAAAUCUUUGAUGAAAUUAUUGAUACUGAAGAGAAGUAUUUACUUUCAUUGGAGACGCUGAAUAAGAAUUAUAUUGUACCAUUAAAAAAGAACAAGUACUUGAAAUUUGGUAGAGAACUCAACUCUAUUGUAUCCAAUCUGACAGUUAUUGUCAAUUUUAAUAAUCACUUGCUUUCUAAACUAAAACAAACGAAUGAAGACGAUAUUGGUAAAACUUUCCAAAUGAUAAUUCCCUUCCUAAAGACCUACACCCAGUACUUUAGUAAUUAUGAAGCAGCAUUGAAUAGUAUUAGGGAGGCAGAUAAAAAUCCAAAAAACAAACGAUUUUCUGAAUGGUUGAAAAAGACUGAUGAUCGUGCUAAGGAACAGGGUCAACAAACUUUUAAACAAUUAUUGAUUCAACCUGUUCAACGUAUUCCACGUUACAAUUUACUUUUAUCGGAAGUUUUGAAGAAUACACCAAAAACUCAUGUCGAUUAUGAAAAUUUGAGAAGUGCAUCAGAUAAGAUGAAAGAAGUUGCAGAUCACUUGAAUAGACAAAUUACAGAAAUUGAAAAUAGAAACAAACUAAUCAAAUUGAAAGAAAUUUUCGUUUUGAAUAACACAGGCAAAGGUGUCAUGACUAAUAUCGUUGAACCUCAUCGUAAAUAUGUAUUUGAAGGAGAGUUACAUGUUUUGAGUGAAACUUCAUCUAUUAACAAGCAGAAGCAUUACUUUUUCUUAUUUAGUGAUAUUAUGGUUUGUUGUAAGGAAGUUCCAGAAGAAUUAAAGAGGAAAUUAAUUGAAGAAAAAAAGGCAGCUCAACAAAGUCAAGCUAAUUCGAAAAAACUUGGAGGUCUCAAAAUAUUUUCACGUAAAUCGGAUGCUGGUAACUCAGAUACUGACCAUAAUCAAUUUGGUGCAUUUGAUGAUGAUGAAAACGAAAUUCCAGAUCAUUUCUAUACUAUAACAUUUACAAUCAAAUUUACUGAUAAAAUUGGAACGGGUAAUACACCUGUCAGUUCACCAAUGAUGGCUGCCUCCACUCCAACAAGUCCUUCAAUGGAAAGCUCAACCAACGUUGAAGAAAUAUGGGUCCGUGACUUUUCAUUCAUGGAAGGACGAAAUUUCCAAUUCCCAAAUAUUUUCCAAUUGAUAACAGGAACUGAAACUUAUACAUUUGAAUCAACUGAUGCCAAGUCACGUGAGAAAUGGGUUAACCAUUUGAAUAAUACUUUGGAUGAAUUGAAAAAGAAGAAGAAAGACACAACCAAAGAUCGUGCAAAGGCAAAAGGUUUUCCAGUUGUUAUGGUCAACUCGGCAGCUCUUGUUAUUCAAGCUCUUGCUCGUGGUAAAUUAACAAGAGGCAAGAAGGGAGACGUUGAAAAUAGAUUCAAACCUAGAAAGAAGACCACUAAGUUGAACACUAAUCCAUUAGGUGCUACUUCUCCAUCUUCACCUACAGCUGAUUCUAUACCUACUGGACCUGUCACAAUUGACCAUACUGAUGUUAAUGUGACUGCUCCACCAGAAAAAUCACCUAGACCAGUUGAAGAACCAAUUGCAAAAGUUGAAGAACCAGUCACCAAACCAAUUACACCACGUGUCAUUGAUGAAAAUCCAUCUCAAGAACCAACUAGUGUUAUUGAUGCUGCCACUAUUCCACCACAAACAAAUGUCGUAGAAGAACCACAAGAAACAUCAAAACCAGUAGAAGAACCAAAGCAAGUUGAAGUUGAAAAGCCAGUGGAAGAACCAAUUGUGGAGAAACCAACAGAACCAGUUACAGAGCCAUACGAGGACAAUACUUCUACCACAACAACAGAAGAGGAACCAAAACCUGUUGAACCUGAAGUUGUGGAUUCAGCAACAGUCGAAGAACCAAAGGUCAAGCAACCUGAAAUUGAGGAACCAAAGCAACAAGUUGAUCCAGGUAUUACAACAACAAUUGAAGAACCUGAAGAUGAAGAACCUGCCACACAGACAACUCCUGAAUCAACCAAUAAUGAUGCCAUUAAGAAAUCUCCUCGUGAAUCCAUCUCUGACGGUCUGAGAUCACCUCUCUCCAGUCCAAGACUUUACAGAAAGGACAGUAAUGAGGAAUUCAAAUCACCAACCAAAGAAGAAGAUGAAGAAGUAUACUUUGAUGAGGAAGGAAAUGUCUUACCACCUUGGAAGGUUGAACUCAUGAAGAAAUUCAAAAAGUCAGGCAAAUUCAAUGCCAUUCUUGCUCAACAAAAUGAUAACAAGAAGGUUGAAAAGAAGAUUGACAUGCCAAAUAAGAAGUUGCAAUUAAAUGCAAUUCGUUCCAUGUUUGAGGAGAAGGAUAAACUUGCCAAAGAAGAAAUGCACACUUUACGAAAGGCAAAGGAAAGUCCACAAAAUACUUCAUCUUCCUCUUUGAAAUAAAUGUUU